AUGGGUCAAAAUAACGUGUUCGCCGUCACGGUGUUUUUCAUUUGUUUCCGAGAAUGCCUGGAAACGACCGUGGUUGUCUCGGUCCUUUUGGCCUUUCUCAAGCAGACCCUGGGCAUGGGAGAAGAUCGAACAACAUAUAAAAGGCUUGUGAAACAAGUAUGGCUGGGGUGUGGUUUAGGUCUACUUAUCUGCGUGGCGGUUGGCGCCGGUAUGAUCGGUGCCUUUUAUGGCCUCGGCACCGAUACUUUCUCCAGCACGGAGGACAUCUGGGAAGGCGUGCUUGGUAUCAUCGCAUCCUUGAUUAUCACCAUCAUGGGUGCGGCGCUGCUGCGUGUUUCCAAGCUCCAGGACAAGUGGCGUAUCAAGCUUGCGAAGGCGCUGGAGCAUGAUGUCAACCCCAACGAGACGCGCCGAAAUCGCCUCAAAAGAUACAUGGAGAAGUAUGUGAUGUUCUUCCUCCCCUUCAUCACAGUUCUGCGUGAAGGUUUGGAGGCGGUCGUCUACAUUGGUGGUGUUGGUCUUGGACUCCCAGCCACCUCCUUCCCUCUUGCGGUGGUAUGUGGUCUGGCAGCCGGUUUCCUGGUGGGCUACAUCAUCUACAAGGGUGGACGAGAGACAUCGAUGCAGAUCUUCCUGAUCAUUUCAACCUGCUUCCUCUACCUGGUUGCCGCUGGUCUUAUGUCGCGUGGAGUCUGGUACUUCCAGAACAAUGCCUGGAGCAAGGUCAUUGGAGGCGAUGCCUCCGAGACCGGCUCUGGUCCCGGGUCCUACAACAUCAAACAGAGUGUCUGGCACGUCAACUGCUGCAACCCUGAAAUAGGCGGAGGUGGUGGCUGGGGUAUCUUCAACGCCCUUCUCGGUUGGACCAAUUCUGCGACCUACGGUUCUGUGAUCUCAUACAACCUCUACUGGCUCGCCGUCAUGAUCGGCUACUCGUUAAUGCUUGUUCGUGAGCGCCGCGGUCCUCUACCAUACAUCGACCCGGCCAUGAGGAAGGUGAUCAAUGCCAAGGGACGCACCAAGGCAUUCAUCUUCCGUCAGAAAUGGGAGCCUGAGCCCGAGCUUGCGCCUGUUCAAGCAAGUGGUGCCAUUGAGACUGGCGUUCUCAGCAUGAAGGGAAACGGUACCGGUGUUUCUACCGUUAUCAGGCCGACCUCUUCGGCUUAG